AUAGUGGUAUCUGUGGCUGACUGUGGCAGGCAUGGAGGUCUGGGGAGGAGAGGAUGGGGAAAGAGGAAGAGAGGAGAGGUCCCUUCAGCAAAUCCCUUUAGGAACCUCAGGAUUUUCCUUAGCUGUGGAUAUUGACCCCAUUCCUUCAGGUCCCCACGUUACUAUGCCCCACAUCAGUUUCCGAGACAUGGGUAACCUAGUCCAACAAGAUGCUGUGGCUGUGAACGAGAGAUUUGAUACUAUUGAACCUGCCAUAUACCAGAGCGGGGCACGGCAGGUCCCCGGCACGCCUGACUGGUUCAUGGCCGCAUCACACAAGACCAAGGUUGUAGCCAAGAACAUCUCCAGAAUUGCUCUCAUCUCAGAGGAGGCGACCAAAUACACCGCACAACAGUGAGUCUUGACUCCUGGUGCCACCUUACCAUCUCACACCACAC